AUGAAUGACCGUCGAGUAGAUGCCGCGCAGGACGCCGUUAUUAAAGUUUUAGUGCUAGGUGACGCCGCUACUGGUAAGACGAGUAUAAUUAAAAGAUACGUAUACGAUGCUUUUUCGGAGCACCACCGCACCACGAUUGGUGUGGACUUUGCACUCAAGCCGGUAACGGUAAACGGAACAACAAUUCGUAUGCAGCUGUGGGAUAUUGCUGGACAAGAACAUUUUCGGGCGCUUAACCGGGUGUACUACAAAGAUGCAUUGGGAGCACUGCUGGUGUACGACAUGUCUCGCCCGGAGACGUUUGAUAGCAUCUUAAAGUGGAAAAAGGAGAUCGAUUCCAAGGUGGAGCUUCCAAAUGGCAAACUGCUUCCAGUAAUUUUGUGUGGCAACAAGUGCGACCUAAAGGAUGAAGUGGAUCGGACUUUUCUCGAUGAGUUCUGCGAAACGAACAGUUUUAAGGGCUGGUUCGAAACAUCCGCCAAGGAGAACAUUCACAUAGAUGAUGCCGCUAAAGCGCUGGUGACGGGCAUUCUUGAGCAUCAGGAAAUUUUCGAGCGAAAGUCUAACGCAAAAAAGCGUGAUGACACCUUCCGUCCCACAUCUUCGGCUAAUGGAGUCAACGCAAGCCAAUUCGAUUGGUGUUGCAGCAGUUUCUAA